UAAACGUAAGCAAGUAUGGGCUAUCGAACUCUCAUCUGCUACCUCCUCCUGGCCGUGGGCAUCGUACACUUGCUGGUGGGGCUGUCUUUCCUGUCCCGGCUCACUCGUAACAGCGCCCCCAGCCCCCUUGAGGCCAGACAGCAGGUGACAGAGGAGCAGCAGCGUCAGGAGAAAGCGGAGGUCAAACAUAUACAUGACCAGUGGAAGGCGCCGGAUUGGGAGCCUGGGAGUGUGAGGCAAAGCCAAGAGUCUCCACAGAACACAAGAAUGGCUGACGCUGCUACCAUUGCCAAGUUGGAUGAGGGCUUCAAGAAGCUGGAGGCCGCCACCGACUGCAAGUCCCUCCUGAAGAAAUACCUCACCAAGGAUGUGUUCGAACAGCUCAAGGCCAAGAAGACCAAGCUUGGCGCCACCCUCCUCGAUGUGAUCCAGUCCGGUGUGGAGAACCUGGACUCUGGCGUCGGUGUGUAUGCCCCUGAUGCCGAGGCCUACACCCUCUUCUCCCCACUCUUCGACCCCAUCAUUGAGGACUACCACAAGGGUUUCAAGCAGACCGACAAGCACCCCAACAAGGACUUCGGCGAUGUCACCCAGUUCGUUAAUGUGGACCCCGAUGGCAAGUUCGUCAUCUCCACCCGCGUGCGUUGCGGCCGCUCCAUGGAAGGCUACCCCUUCAACCCCUGCCUCACCGAGGCCCAGUACAAGGAGAUGGAGUCCAAGGUCUCCUCCACCCUGUCCAACCUCGAGGGUGAGCUCAAGGGUACCUACUUCCCCCUCACUGGCAUGACCAAGGAGGUCCAGCAGAAGCUGAUCGACGACCACUUCCUCUUCAAGGAGGGUGACCGCUUCCUGCAGGCUGCCAACGCCUGCCGCUACUGGCCCACCGGCCGUGGCAUCUACCACAACGACAACAAGACCUUCCUGGUGUGGUGCAACGAAGAGGAUCACCUCCGAAUCAUCUCCAUGCAGAUGGGCGGUGACCUGGGCCAGGUAUACCGCCGCCUCGUCAGCGCAGUCAAUGAGAUUGAGAAGCGUGUCCCCUUCUCUCACCAUGACCGCCUGGGCUUCCUCACCUUCUGCCCCACCAACCUCGGCACCACCGUGCGUGCCUCCGUCCACAUCAAGCUGCCCAAGCUGGCUGCCAACCGCGAGAAGCUCGAGGAGGUCGCUGGCAGAUACAGCCUCCAGGUCCGUGGCACCCGCGGCGAGCACACAGAGGCCGAGGGUGGCAUCUACGACAUCUCUAACAAGCGCCGCAUGGGUCUCACCGAGUUCCAGGCUGUCAAGGAGAUGCAGGACGGUAUCCUUGAGCUCAUCAAGAUCGAGAAGGAGAUGCAGUAAAGUUCGACUCUACUCUCUAUGGGUGAGGGCGAGCCGGGCUCUGCUGCGGAAGGGUGCGCCCACCCUGGACCCGGGGCCCAGGAGUUGGCGCUCGAUAGGCAGACACCAACCCCGCAACCAACCAACCUAGCGAACUGAUGAAUCCAACAGUUAGACCCCGCAAACAUUCCACGCAGCCGGGGCUUGUAGCCGGGCCGGGCGUGGUGGCCUUGUACAUACCAUCUCACAGACGCGCCCGGUCCACGCUACACCACACUUCAACUGUUAUCACAUUAACAUUAUAACAAUAAACCUUUAAAAUCCUC